AUGCCGCAGAUCCAAAGCCCGGCAGCGCUGCUGCUGCCCGUGGUGCUGCUGUCGCCGCUCGAGGAGCCCGAGAAAGGCCGGCAGCGGCGCCGAGCGGGCCGCUGGGAAUGUGCAGCAUCGGGCUUCGAAUGUGUGGGAGAAGCCAAGAGGGAGGCUGGAGGCACAGAGUCCCUGUCCAGUGUUCAGCCGGAUCCAAAGCUGAGCCCGGAUCUCAGAGACAUCCACUCCACAGUCCUGUCUGCCUCCUUCCAUAGCUCCUUCCUGCAGAACGCUGCUCUGAGAUCCUCCACCUCUGCUGCCGUUGGCAGCAUCCUCAGCAGUGAUGGAGUCCCCAUCGGUUCUGGUAUAAAAGGCAGCCCAGUUCCCAUCUGUGCCAUCAGCUUCUCUUGCCUUCUUCUGGUUGGGAAUCAGGUGCACCUCCAGUCCCAAGUCAUGUCCUGCUACACCCAGUGUGUGCCAUGCCGGCCCUGCGGCCCGACCCCUCUGGCCAGCAGCUGCAAUGAGCCCUGUGUCAGGCAGUGCCAGGACUCCACCAUCGUCAUUGAGCCCUCUCCCGUGGUGGUGACCCUGCCCGGACCCAUCCUCAGCUCCUUCCCGCAGAACACCGCCGUGGGCUCCUCCACCUCCGCUGCUGUUGGCCGCAUCCUCAGCUCUGAGGGCGUGCCCAUCACCUCGGGGGGCUUUGACUUGUCCGGCUUGGGCAGCCGCUCCUGUGGCAGAAGGUGCCCGCCCUGCUGA